ACGGGCCAUAUCAGUAAAACAAUUUGAUUUGUCAGAGAACUUCAAUGGGCUUCAUCAUCCUCACUCGCGUAAACGGUCGUUGACGCUGGCGGUUAACGGCGGCGUAAAACAGAUCGGGCUAAUGAUGAUGCUCCGCUCCCUUUUCUCCCUCUUACUCUCUCUCUUAAUCCAAGCCCUUGCUCUAGCCAUAGCUCUGGAUCCUUCCCAACCGGACGAAUCCAACAUCACCACAACGCCAAUUCUACAGGAUGUGUUGAAGGAGAUAUCAACGAAACAGAAGUGGAAUCUGGAGGAAGUUAGGUUUACGAAACUGGAAGUCAAGAAGCUCCGUGUAGGUACGGGUCGGAGCUUUGAGAUCCGGAUCCGGUUAGGGAAGAGCAGAUUCGUUUUCGUAAUCCCGGACGAAGUAACCGAUUGGAGAAGAAGCGACGUGGAGUUGGAUGAGGUAGUCAAGGAAGUUAAUUCGAGUAAGGUUCUUGAUCCGAUCGUGUUGAAAGGUCCACUUGAGCUACGAGUUGAUGGCGACGAUGACCGUCUCUCCCUUGCCUUGCCGAUGAACAUCUCACACAUUGGUUUAAAACGAGUCCUUGUCAGCGAGGGAAUCUCAGUAGAGAUAAAGGAAGCUCAGGAAGUUUCUCUUUUCCACUCUUCCAGUCGAAGGUUCGCUGCUACUGUAGAUAUUAGAGAAGGAAGUUGUUCAUGGUCAUCUCUAGGCCCUGUGUGUGUGCCAUUGCCUCCCAUACUAAUCAUAGGAUCAGCUUCACUGGUUGCUUUUAGGAAUCCAGAAACAGAUUCACAAAUCAAGACUUCUUAUUUAUCCGCUGAGACAAUCUUUUUACUUCCAGAAAAGUGUUAUGAUAAAGCUCACACGUAUAAGCAGCAUUAUCUCCCUAGGGAUCUUCUUGGCUUGAAGAUUGACAAGUUGGAAAAAGCUCUGAGCUCUUUAAGGAGCAAUGGAACUGCGCAAACGGUAAGCUCUGUGACAGCUAAACUAAAAGCGUCAGGCAUGGUGCGGUUUCAGUUAGAGAUCGGGAGAAGAAUUGGGAGCAACGAGAGUGAAACAAGUAAAAGAGCAGAGUGGAGAACUAAACCGAAGAUCGAACGUGUUUGGUUUGAAAUAAAGGCAAAAGUUGAAGGCGAUAAGUUGAAAGCAGUAGGGAUGAGAAAAGUAGUGCCCUUCAUUGAAGUGGAUACUGAGGCAUGGAGCAGUAUGAUGUCUAACAUGUCAUUCACUAAGUUCCCAUCAAUACUUGGUCCUCAAGAAGCUUUAACACUCGACGUCAAGUGGUAAUAGGCGCACAACAACACUUUGUAAGUAAAAAUAUCAAACAAAGGUCUUCAAUACCUUUUGUUUUUGUCUUUGUUUGAUAAUAUUCUCUAAACACAGAGUUACAAUCAUUUUCAUGCACUGUAUUUACUCUUCCUUGUAUGUAUAGACUUGUUAGCUAUAAAAUAAUAUUUAUCACGAAAA